CCGCCCCGGGGGUGGGGAGUCACCUCCAGCGGCCUCACGGGAGUUGUAGUCGGCGGGGAGCGGCGAACGGCGCCGGAGGCUCACCCCGGGCCGUCUCUCCGCGACAUGGCGGCGGCCGCUCAGAAUUGCAGGUGUCACAGAGAAGAAUAAUCUUAGUCAGCCCAACAGUCAUCAAGGAUAUGAACUCUGCUGUUUUUAUCUAGAUGGAUGAAAAGGUUAACAGCACAGAAGGGGACCUCCUUUGGUUUUCAAGAUGGCAGCAACUAGUGGCGAAAGCCAGCUGCAGCGGAUUAUCAGAGACUUGCAAGAUGCUGUGACUGAAUUAAGUAAAGAAUUUAAAGAAGGAGGGGAACCAAUAACAGAUGACAGUGUCAACUUGCAAAAAUUCUCCUACAAACUUGAGUACCUUCUACAGUUUGACCAGAAAGAAAAAAACACAUUGCUGGGGAACAGAAAAGACUACUGGGAUUAUUUCUGUGACUGUCUGGCAAAAGUCAAAGGAGCUAAUGAUGGAAUCCGCUUUGUCAAGUCUAUUACGGAACUACGAACAUCUCUUGGAAAAGGAAGAGCAUUUCUUCGCUACUCCCUGGUUCACCAAAGGCUAGCAGACACCUUACAGCAAUGUUUUAUGAACACCAAGGUGACCAGUGACUGGUACUAUGCAAGAAGUCCAUUUCUGAAUUCCAAAAUGAGUUCUGACAUUGUGGGUCAACUCUAUGAGCUCACUGAUGUUCAGUUUGACUUGGCAUCAAGAGGCUAUGAUUUAGAUGCUGCUUGGCCAGCAUUUGCCAGGAGGACGCUGUCCUCGCUUGGAUCUUCAGCAUAUUUAUGGAAGCCCCCAAGUCGCAGUUCCAGCAUGAGCAGUUUAGUGAGCAGUUAUUUGCAGGCCCAAGAGUUUCCUUCCAGCCCUGAUGCAAAUAGUUCACUAAAUGUUGAACACCUUGAGGGCUUUGAAGAGAUGCGUGUAGAACUUGACCAGGCUGAGCUGAGGCAGAGGGAACUUCAAGAUCGUAUUCACCAGCUAGAAAUGGAAAACCAGGAGCUCCAGGCAGCUGUCAACCUUCAGAAAGAACAAGUACAGGUAGAAAAGGAGAAGAGCAAUAACUACAGCGAGGAGAACUCCCGGCUGACAAAGAUGAUCACAGAGUUGCAGAAGCAGUGUGAGGUCUCACACUCCACUCAGAGCACUGUUCAUGACCUGCAGAAGUGCCUGCAGUCACUGGAACUGAAUGCAGUGGAACAGCAGAAGGAAUACUCAACAAAGCUGGAGCAGCUGGUGACCAGCAAGGAAGACUGUGCCUCAAAAUUGCAGGUGUUGAAUCAGGAGCUGGAGGCAUCUAGGGCUUUGGUUGCUAUGAAGGAUCUUUGCAUUGAUGAGCUCAAAGCCAAGCUGAGUUCCACAGAACAGAAGAACCUCAACCUCCUUGCAAAAGUUGAUGCUGCCUUGGAGGAAAAGGGACAGCAAGCCACAGCCCACUGUGACUCUGCCCUACAGAUACGGGCACUGUUAGAGAAGCUUCAGGAGAUAGAAAAGGAAAAGGCAGAUAUGCAAAGACUCAAUGAUGAACAUGCAUCUCAGCUGAAAGCAGCAAGGGAGGAGCUGCAGCUGAAAGAAGAGGCACAGAAGGAACUGGAAUCCAGAUACAAUCGCCUCACUGCUGACUACAAAGAAGAGAGUGAAAAGCUGCGUGGGAGCCUGGAAACCAUGGCAAAGGAAAUGGAUGCAGUUCAGAAGGCCCUGACCCUGAAAGGAAAGGAGAUGGCUGAGCUCCAGACCCAGGUAAUGGGGUCGCUGGCUCAGGUGGGGUCACUGGAAAAAAAACUUGAGGAAGCAAGGAAAGAAAAAGAGAAACUUGAGGAGGAGUAUGGUAGGAGGGAAGGAGCACUGAAGCAGGAAGCCCAGUCGCAAGCAGAGCAACUUGAACUACAGGAGGGUCGCUUAACAAAGGUGAGUCAGACUGCGCGUAGCCUUGAGGAUCAAAACCAGAAACUCUUGUCUGAGAAAGAGCAUCUCAGCCAGAAAGUCAAGGAGCUGGAGGAGCAGAUGGAACAGCAAAACUCUGCAGUGAGCGAAAUGGGUGAGGAAAGCGGGAAACUGAAAGCGGAGAAUGCAAAUUUGCAGCAGUCCAAGAAGAAGAUGGAAGGGAAGCUGAAAAAUUUGGAAGCUUCUAAAGCUUCCCUGGAAGCCGAGGUAGCCAAGCUGAGGGCAUCUGAGAAACAGCUUCAGAGUGAGAUAGAUGAUGCCCUGGUGUCAGUUGAUGAAAAAGAGAAGAAACUCCGGGGCGAGAACAAACAGCUGGAUGAAGACUUGCAGAAUGCCAGGAGGCAAAGCCAAAUUCUGGAGGAGAAGUUAGAGGCUCUGCACUCAGACUACGAAGAACUAAAGCAAAGAGAAGAGACCACCAAGGAGUCUUAUGCUUCACUUGAAGGACAGCUGAAGAGUGCCAAACAGCACAGUUUACAAAUGGAAAAAAGCUUAGGCGCCUUGAAGGAAAGCAAAGAGUGUCUCCAGUCACAGCUCACAGAGAAGGAAGCAGAACUGCAAGGCAUGGAGAGCCAGUGUGAGCAGCUAAGAGCAGAAGCUGAAAGACAUAGGAAGAAAGCAGAGACCCUUGAGGUAGAAAAGCUUAGUGUUGAAAAGACAUGCCUUCAUCAGACAAAGCUUAUUGAAUCCCUCACAUCGGAAAAGGAAUCAGUGGAACAGCACCAACUACAGCAGGCGGCUUCUCUGGAGAAGGAGGCAAAAGAGCUGGCUUCCAGAUUGACCGUGAGUGAAGAGCAGUUGGAGGUCAACCGAGGGGAGGUGUCUAGACUGCAAGCAGAAGUCCUUGACCUGCGAGUCAAGCUUCAGCAGAUCACUGAUGAGAGAGAGCAGAUGAGAGGUCAGCUGGCAAUCACAGAGACUGUUUUGAGUGAGCAGAAGGCACUUGUUCAGCAGCUGAAAGAGCAAAGUGAGUCACUCAACAGAAACCAUGUUCAAGAACUGGUGCAAUGUAAAGAAAGAGAAGAAGUGCUGAAAAAAGAGCAGGAGACAGCAGUCUAUCAAAAAGCUGAGCUGGAAAAUAAUUUCCUGAACCUGAAGGAAGAGCUAUCCAAGGUUAAACAGUACUUGGAAGUUGCUAGAAUGGAAAAUGAAGAAAACAAAGAUCUCCUCCACAGGACCAACACGGAUAUGGCUGAACUUGGUAUUCAGAUUUGUGCCUUGACCUCUGAAAAGGUGGAUGCAGAAGAGCAGUUAUCCCAGGCCACAGAAAAGCUCAAAGAACUGGAAGAACAGGCAGCAGAGCAACAGGAGAAGCUGAAGCUUGACAUCUCUAAUCUCAGACAGGAGAACAAGAGCCUGCAAGAGAAAUUAGAGGAAGCUCAAAUAUGUGCCGCAGCUGUCCCAAGUCUGCAAUUGCAGCUGGAGACAGUAAAGAAGCAGGCACAGAGUUUCCAAGAGACCAGCCAAGAAGAGCUAUCUGCAAUAAAAUUUCAAAUGAGCACAGAGAUUCUAAAUUAUCAGACAAAAUUCAAGGCUGUCAGUGAAGAGUGUGGGAAAGUAAGAGAGCAACUCGAGGAGCAGAGGCGACAACAGCACGCUGCAGAGGAAGAGAUUGCAGAGUUACAAGCUGCAAAUACGAGUUUGUCCAGAAAGCUGGAGGAAGCAAGAGAGCAGCUGUCUGAAUCAGAAACUGCUCGGCUGCAGAAGGAAGAGGAGGUGACAUCUCUGAGACAACUCUUGGAAAGGAUCCAAAAAGAAGCUGAUGAAGCAAAAGAGAAGGUCCUGGAUUACAGUGAGAAGCUCAGCAAGGUGGCAGCAGACAAAGACAGCAGCGACCAGAAGUUAUUUGCUGAACUGGAUGACCUGACAAGAACAAAACAGUUCCUUGAAGAACGUUUGAUAGAACUUAUCAGAGACAAGGAUGCUUUGUGGCAAAAAUCAGAUGCUCUGGAGUUCCAGCAGAAGCUUAGUGCAGAGCAAAGGUGGCAGGGGGACACAGAAGUUAAUCAUUGUCUGGACUGCCAGAGAGAGUUCUCAUGGAUGGUGCGCCGACACCACUGCAGAAUGUGCGGUCGCAUUUUCUGCUACUACUGCUGCAACAACUACAUGGUGACAAAGCCAGGUGGAAAAAAGGAGCGUUGCUGCAGAGCUUGCUUUAGUAAACCUAGAGUCAUUGUGGACAGUACCGAUGACUCUGGAUCCAGUGCCAACCAGGAAGGAUCACCAGCUUCGUUGGAAUCACCUGUGUCACCAUCUGAGAGGGCUCUUGUUGCAAGUGAAGCCUGUAAACCACUAGAUGAUGCAGCAUUUGAUAUAAUCACUGAUGAGGAGCUGUGUCAAGUACAGGAAUCAGACUCUCUCCACAAUGAAAGUGAGAUGGAAAGAGACUCUCUGGAUCAAAGCGUGACAGAUCUCCCUGUAAUUCAUAGCUGGUGCUACUCCAGUGUUCACCCAGAGCAAGUACCCUUUUUGAGAAACAGCACGUGUAAUUCUUCAACCUUUGAUGAAUCGGAAGAGUGGCAAGUUGCUCAAGAUGCUGAGAUAUGCUUGUUGAAGUCUGGAGAAAUCAUGAUCAAAUUACCCCUUACAGUGGAAGAGAUCUUAAAUUUUGGGGAAAGCAACAGAGAGCUGUUCAUUAAAUCCAGCACCUACAGUAUCAUUCCCAUCACCGUUACAGAGAUGGGGCUAACAAUUAGCUGGAUCUUUUCAUCAGACCCUAAAAGCAUAUCCUUCAGCGUUGUCUACCAAGAAUCAGAAGACACACCACUGGAUCAAUGCAAAGUUCUUAUUCCUAUGACCCGCUGCAACUCUCAUAAGGAAACUAUCAGAGGACAGGUGAAAGUCAGAAACUCUGGAAUCUACACCCUGAUAUUUGACAACACAUUCUCUAGAUUUAUCUCAAAAAGAGUGUUUUAUCACUUGGCUGUCGAGCGACCUGUCAUCUAUGAUGGAAGUGAUCUUCCAUAGCCUUGACUACACUGUGUUAUUUUUAAGUAAUUUUUUAAGAAAAGCUAUUAUUUAUGUACAUGUAAGCAUUAUGAUUACCACUGUGUUUGAAGACUUUGAAACUAUGCAAUAGGUAUUAUGCACUUAGAGAACGUGUAUACACUAAAAACCAGAAGCCUUUUUAGGAACACUAAUGGUUCUGUACUGUGUACAGAUUGCUGAAAAGCCAUGUUGUUUGAUUUAACAGGUCAAUAAUAACCAAAUUUUUUUCAGUGGGGAGAAAAAUAAGUGUGGGGGAUGUCAAAAUGCAAACUGAAAUUCUCUACUGAAAAUGGAAUUACUUUUCUUCCAAAAAUAUCCUUCAAAAGGAAAUCUAAAGAAAAAUGUAUAUUUUUGUUGACCUCUUCACUGAGGAGUAAACAUAACCAUUUCUGUUCUGCUCCAAUGCUCUUACCGUCAGAACAACAUCUAUGCAAUACUUCAGUCUUCACAGGCACAUAUUGUAAUCCAUCUAGAAUUUUUUAUCUUUUCCAAGUUUUAUAAACGGCGAACAUAGGGGUUUUUUACAUUUUGGGCUAAGAUUUGGUAAGUCUUAACCGGCUUUCACAAAUGCUUUGUUACUGAAUACCGGUUACAAAACAGUACAACACAAAGCAGCACCUCCUUUCGCUUUUCCUCACCGUACUCUGUAAGUUGGUUCACUGAAACCAGCUCUUACGGUGAGUACCAGCGGCAGAAUCAGGAGUAUAAUCUGUAGAAUGGAGUACUACACACUGUGUGAUAUUAGGAAGAAGAGCAUUCCUUUUUCCUGCUCUAGCACCUUAGUCAUCAGCAUUCAGAGGAAAGCACAGUUUCUGGGGAGGUCAGCAGUCUCUCACUCUCUCUCUAGACCACGUGGAAGAUAGCAAUAAUGUUGGAAUCGGUCUCAAAAAGUCCAUCCAGAACAGAAUGCAUAUCCAGCCCUGGUGAGCGCUCUACCCGGUGUUAGUGUAUUCUGCCCCUUUCCGAACCCGUCAGUUGCCCUCGCCAACUGCUGACUUUCCAUCUCAGAUCUGGGGACAGAGCUGGCUGUAAACGCUGCCUUUUAAGGGAAGACAAAAUUUCCAUGCAAACAGUCUGCUUUCUAUAUAGAAUUUCAACUUUUUGUCGAAAUAUCUGAAAGCGGAUUUUUUCUGUUUAAAACUCCUGUCAUCUGAUGGAAAGGCAAAACAUUUGGCAGGAGAAAGGAGAAAAGCUCCUUCUCCCCACCAGCCCUCCUCAGUAUUUCAGGUGUGUCUGAUUUCUCAUGUUAUUGGUCUCCCAAGGAGACCUCGGACAGACCUGGAAGACUUUAGUGCAGCGAUUGGUAGAAGACCAGCACAGCCCGCCAGGAACCGUGUGGGCUCUUGGUGGCAGCUGUAGCUGGUCAACAGGGGUCAUGGCGGGAGACAGAAAGUAAGAUAUGAGGGGAAAGAAGAAAAAAAAGGGCAAGAACAAGCCAGAGCAAAUGAUUUAGGGGAGGGGAAAGGGGCAAACUUGUAAAAACAAGGGCAGGCAAUUGGAGGGAUCAGCUUGAACAGGGAAGGAAGUCAGGAGAGUCCAGCUGGUGUUUAUCCAUAACCUGUAAGGGAUCUCCUACACCAGAAGGCUGGUUGUUUAAAAGAUGGAGGUCACGAGACAAUUGUUGGACAUUUACAUACUGGCAGCUGAGGCAGAGGGAAAUUUCUAAUCAUAGGAAAGAAAAGAAUACUGCCGAUAAAGCUAAAGGUUGCUGAUCAUUCAUUCCGGUUGUUAACAAUGUAGAAAUACAGUGAUCUUGAAAAAGAUUGUGAAAAAAAACGACUACUUUUCAUGGAACACAUAGAUUUUAGGCAUCUGGCUCAUCGAUACCUUUCCCUUCCCUUCAGAUGCCCCUUCCCAGCGUUGGUGGCGUGCUCCCCAGCCUCUGCCAGGCAGAGGGGUCGGUGGGAGGUGCAACCUGGUUUGCUGCCCCUCCUGAGGGAACAGGCUGCAAGGCAGCUGAACCCUCACCUGCCUGCGUGCAUGAAAAUGAGAUGGGCAAGAGACCGAAGCUGGCAAUAAACAGGCAAUACAAUGGCACACGGAUCAGUUCAUGAAUUAUGGCGUAUUUCAGUGUUGAAGCUACGUUUUGUAUUUAAUUAGGCAAGAAGAGAUUAUUUAUUGCUUAAAAAUGGAGUACUGUGAACCAUAUGCUAUGCAAUUUCACCGAGCUGUUACUGAAGUCUGAUGCAGUUUUCCUUUAAGCUUUUAGGUGUGGUUUUUAAAAGUAUUUUGCUGUUGUUUUACGUAGAAUACUAAUCUUCCUAGGAUAUCUUUCUUAAAAAGCCAAAUGUAAGGUAAAGGGACACUGUCAAAUAUCUUAGGCUGUCAUCUCUGCUCAGAAGUAUUUGAAAUAUCUCCAUUCAAAAUUAUAUGAUAGACUUGCCUCUGGAUUUCCUCUUUGCAUACCAGUUCUUAACAUUUUUUCAUCUGUGGCACUUUUAGGCCACUCAUGUAACUUUUGCAGUAAUUGGCCCUAUCUAGUAAGCCAGAUUUUUCCCAACAAGUCUUCCACAUAGACAGUGCCAAAGCUGGCUGAAACCACUGCAUCUGUGGGGUUUUUUGAUCAUUUGAGUCUUUGUGGUACCUUUUCUUCAGGUUUUCCUGCCCUGUAAGAGUAGAUUUGUGACUUUUUUACUUUCUGAAAGAGGACUAAGAGUGGAAGUCAGAACGUGUAAUUUAAAGAUGAGAAGGUUUGCUUCUAACCAAGGAGAGUACGUAGGAAGGAGAAAAAGUUUCAAAAGAGGAAAUACUCAAAGUGGUAAGGUACAACAAAUGGACAGGAGUGCAACUGUUCAAAUCAACUGUUCACGAACAGGAAUCCCAUCAUGUCACCUAGAAGAGGCAGUGUCUUCCACCUCAGAGGCGGUGCAGAGAAGACAGUAAAGAACCUGUCAUUAGUACCGACCUUUUGGUUGAAUGUCCCUGACGGUUUAUUACUGGAGACCCAGAAACCCAAUAAAGGACUUCGCACAAGUGCAGGUUUGUGCGAGAGAUGAUUUUGUUCAAGCACCUUAUACUCCCAUUCACAAUGCUCACAGGAGCUGUGCCAGGGAUGCUGGUACAUCUGUUUACCUUCAGAUUCUCGGGUCAUUUUUUUAAUUACGCCUUUUAUUAACUCACAAUGCCCAGCAAUGCAGUUAAGAGAAAAUAAAUAUUUGAAAUUGAUAGUGAAAUUGAUUUAAGAGGGUGUCACAUUCCUGGGUCAAAGAGAGUCUACCUUGUGGUCCGCAGUUGGGUGUUUUCCCUGGAUGCUGGAGCAAUGGAGGAUAAUAUUUUUUGUUAUGCAGAGGUUCAUGUGAAGGAAAGAACGUAGUUGCUUUAAGAAGCCGCCAGUGUUCCUUUACUCAAUGUUACUCAAUGUUGCUAUAUGAAAAAUCACUGAGAUGUAUGGCACCAGAGUGUACCACGUUACAAAAUGGCAAAGCUACAAAAGCCUGACUUUGCUCCUUUUUUAAAAUUGAAAUUGCACUAUAGUUUUAAUUAUGCUCAAUCCCUGAGAUUGUAAGUUGUUCAGAAGCAUCUUUUGGUCUUAACUGCCAAAGAAUUGCAAACCCCAUUCACAUCAAACUUCACGCUCCAGAUGGGGGGAAAAAGAGGUUUAUGUGUACCAGCGUCUGUACAGUUACAGAGAUGUAGACGGUUGUGUACUGGAAUGUUUCUUGAUGCUUUUUUUUUCCUUUUUUAACCUCAGGAAUUAAAAAAAUAAAAUUCUAUAUCGUUGA